UGUCAUCCCGGCCAAACAGCACACAAACUGAAAUCCCGCCAGCAGUCUACCGCGCAGCCACCACCCUCUUCUUUAACGAUAUCUCCCUUCCUCCAAAUUUGUAUUGUAGUACAACACAAGCCCAAUCUGAUCUCACUUCAGAUUCGGUGCAGCAUGACUGGUGGUAGCAAGAACGAAGAAUCAGAGGGAUUUUUGUAUCCAUCAUUCAUUAGAGAUCAGGGGAAUAUCUACAAACCAAAGAAUAAAGACAUGGAUAACGACAGUAUGAAAGAGAAGGAUGCCUUUGAUGUUCACACUAAAGAAAUCGAUCUGGUUAACCGGGACCGCAAGCACCUGAACGAUGAUGUUGUAAAGGUUGAUUUUGAGGAUGUCAUUGCAGAACCUGACGGCACCCACAGCUUUGAUGGUAUAUGGAAGGCCAGCUUUACCACCUUCACAGUCACCAAAUACUGGUGUUACCGCAUCCUCACCGCUUUGGUCGGCAUCCCCCUGGCCCUCAUCUGGGGUAUAUACUUCGCCAUCCUGUCCUUCAUUCAUAUAUGGGCCGUGGUUCCCUGUGUGAAGAGCUACUUGAUUGAGAUCCAGUGUGUCAGCAGAGUCUACUCCAUCUGCAUUCACACUUUCUGCGACCCUCUCUUCGAAGCCAUUGGCAAAGUCUUCAGCAGCGUGAGGAUCUCUUUGAGCAAAGAGGUGUGAGGCACACGAGACUAAAAGCAGGGGCUCCAAGGCAUUCUGCUGGCUACAAGCUAACAGCUGCUUUCCAGAAACAGUUUUAUGAACACCGGCACACAGGGGAUUGGGGAGGGGGGGGUGGGGGGGGAGAGUAUUUGCUUACUCAGAUUUGAUCCCAUUGUUUAUCGUUAAAGACAGAGUUCUCCUUUUUUGGCAGUGUGUGUUUAGAGACUGCACCAAAAUUCUUACUCUCUCAUUCCAUCAUAAUACGUUGUGUAAAAUUGUGUUAAUUGUUCAGUUGCUGUUAACCGUGCAUAGGUAUGACAGCUCACUAAACAUACAGUGCAAGGCUACAUAGUGGGUCUGUUGCUGCUGGUAGCCGAGGACUGUGCCUGCAGCUGAACAAUCUUUGCAAACUGGCAGUUUUGAAGAGAACAUUUUUUGUUUUUUGCCACGAUGCUGCCUGGUCUGCUGCAAGGUUUUAUUUUGAUUAAUUGUUGUGUUUAUAACAGAGUAAGAGUGGGAUUUAACUGACUUAUCGUUCAUUUUGUUAUCUCUUGGAUGUUGCAGAAAGUGGGAUUCCUUUUUAAAGCCUACGUGUAGUAAUACGUGUACAUGAUAGAUAAUUUCUUUAAAUUACACUUGAAACAUAUAGUCCAAGUUGGAAAUCAGAAAACAUAAAAUACAGCUACUCAGAAAUGGAUUAUAAAAACAGGAUCAUUCUCUUAGUUUGUUUUUCAUGCUUCAUUGACAUAAUACAACUGACCCUCCCUUAAUACAAGACAAAUUAACAUGACAUUUAUAUUUAAAAAAAAAGCAUGCAUGCAUGUCAGAUGUAAUUUGCACUGUAUUCUUGGAAAAACACAUUUGUGAAAAAAAGACAUUCAGUUCAAUGACUUGAGCCUUAAGUUUUCUUUCAAGUGAGUUCAAAUGCCCUGAAAGUUAUUCAUUGUAAAACUAAAGGUAAUAACAGCUUUUAAUAUUAUUGUAGCAAGUAGAAGUUCACAUUAUUAGAGUAUUCUUCCAUUUAAGGUAGACACUGGCACAGAAGUUUUGUAAAUAACAGCAAAAAAAAGUGUAAUUGCUACAGUAUCUAAAGCAGUGACAACAUGUUAUAUUGUGAUCAUCAGUUAACUCUAAAAUUAAAUAGAUACCUGUGUAAACCUGUGUAUAUUGGUUAUAUUUACUAUCACAAUGGAAGGUAUAUUGCAAAUAUUGCUUGAAUCAAUGCAUUAUUCACAUAGAAAGUUGAUAUAUUUUAUAUCUAAUGGACUUUUUCUUUUCCCCGCUUUUACUGUAAAAACGGAUAUGCUGAGCACAAUAAAAAAAGUUAUAACAUGAA